UUAAGUUGUCUUUAGCCCUUUGAUUUUUUUUGGCAUGCUUAUGAAUUUGCUUUUCUUUUUUAAAAUCCCCCUUAUUAUAGAUUUGUAUAGAUUUGGUUGAAGUCACAGAUGCCAUAUUCUUCAUCUUUAUAAUGCAAGUUUUCUUUCCAGGUAGAAGGACAAGAAAAUAAUGAGCCAAUGCCAUAGAAACGCAAAGGGUUAAAGGUUUUUCUUUUACUUUUGUUUUGGGUACGCUUUCUAUACUUUGAACAAAUGUGUUUUUCUGCUCAAAAUACUUUCAAAUUAUUGAAAAAUCUCAUUCCAAAUCCUAGAUUUUUAGGAUUGUUACUUUGAGAAACUUUCUCACAUUAGAGCUUCCCCCAUAUUGCUCUAAAUAUAGUUUAGUAAAUGCACCUACUUUGCUCUAAGCAUACUUAAAGUAAAAACAAAAGUAUGUAUACAAAGACUUUGAUAUUUUUAAUAGUUGGAGUCUGUUUUGCUAAUUUUAGUGUGCAAGUCAGCACAAGGGGCACAGUAAGCCUGAUGGAAGCUUUCCUCAGGUGGGUGAAUUUCAAAAUCAAAAUUAGGUGCCUGUUUCUUAAAAUUAGAUUCUGCUGCAGGUUUACAAAUUAGACUUUCAGCCUGCAUGAAUUAGUAGGGAUAUUCUUUUUUUACUUGCAUAAUUGUAAUUGAUUUAAACAUGUAUGUCAGAAUUCACAGGCCCAUACUAACUGUCCUUAAUUUCUUUCCUACAGCAGUACUGCUAUAUGCCAGUCCUGUCUGCAUUCUUAAGGGUGCAGUUCAACACAUCCUCUCUAGAUUAUGGUGAAAAAGUAUUCCAAAGGAAGUCUUAACAGAGCUAGUGUCAGAAAGAAUGACACUACCAAUUGGGCAUGAUCGUCAGCAUAGGAAAUGUCUUAGAAUUUUAUUAUUUUUUUCCUAAAUUGUGAUGCUAUACUACUUGUAUAGCUAAUUACCACAUUUCUAAAACAUAGUGUGCCUCUGUGAGUCUUGUUAUAUACUGUUUGGGCUUCUUUAAGAUAUUUUGAAGUUUGAAAAGCAAAUACUGAAACUUUAAACAAGAGACUAACACAUCUCUUUGUAUACCACUUUUCUUCUGUGUGCAUCAUAAUAACUGGUAGAAGUAAUAUAUUUCAAGUAAUAUGUUUCCAGUUGUAUUUUAUACUUGCUAAGAAAAUAAAGAUGUUUCUGGGUCAACAAAAUUUAAAAAGCAUGAAGCCCUUUUUAGUAACAACAUCAGAAUAAGAUUCUGGGUAUAUUUUUUAAAAAUCAGAUUUUCUAAACUAUAACUGUUUUAGAACAUUGUAUGAAGAACUUACUAGUCAUAGUUAUUUAUAGUAAGGAUUUUAACAGCUUGCAACAGGUAAUGUUUUGCAUAUAGAUAUCUUUCCAAAGUGUUACUAAUGGUAAAGAGAUAAUUUUCUAGGCUUCUAUUCUGCUGCUUGAAGUCAGAACUGCUGAUGGAGACAAAGGCACGAAAGUGAGGGAAGACCCCUGAUCCUAAAAUGAAUGCUAGGACUUACAUGGAUGUAAUGCGAGAACAGCAUUUGACUAAAGAAGAAAGAGAAAUUAGGCAACAGCUAGCAGAAAAAGCUAAAGCUGGAGAACUAAAAGUCGUCAAUGGAGCAGCAGCAUCCCAGCCUCCCUCAAAACGAAAACGGCGUUGGGAUCAAACAGCUGAUCAGACACCUGGUGCAACUCCCAAAAAGCUAUCAAGUUGGGAUCAAGCAGAGACCCCUGGACACACCCCUUCCUUAAGAUGGGAUGAGACACCAGGUCGUGCAAAGGGAAGUGAGACUCCUGGAGCAACCCCAGGCUCAAAAAUAUGGGAUCCUACACCUAGCCACACACCAGCGGGAGCUGCUACUCCUGGACGAGGUGAUACACCAGGCCACGCAACACCAGGCCAUGGAGGUGCAACUUCCAGUGCUCGUAAAAACAGAUGGGAUGAGACCCCCAAAACAGAAAGAGAUACUCCAGGGCAUGGAAGUGGAUGGGCUGAGACUCCUCGAACAGAUCGAGGUGGAGAUUCAAUUGGUGAAACACCAACUCCUGGAGCCAGUAAAAGAAAGUCACGUUGGGAUGAAACACCAGCUAGCCAGAUGGGGGGAAGCACUCCUGUUCUGACUCCUGGAAAAACACCGAUUGGCACCCCAGCCAUGAAUAUGGCUACCCCUACUCCAGGUCACAUAAUGAGUAUGACUCCUGAACAGCUUCAGGCUUGGCGGUGGGAGAGAGAAAUUGAUGAGAGAAAUCGCCCACUAUCUGAUGAAGAAUUAGAUGCUAUGUUCCCAGAAGGAUAUAAGGUACUUCCCCCUCCAGCUGGUUAUGUUCCUAUUCGAACUCCAGCUCGAAAACUGACAGCAACUCCAACACCUUUAGGUGGUAUGACUGGUUUCCACAUGCAAACUGAAGACAGAACUAUGAAAAGUGUUAAUGACCAACCAUCUGGAAAUCUUCCAUUUUUAAAACCUGAUGAUAUUCAGUACUUUGAUAAACUUUUGGUUGAUGUUGAUGAGUCAACACUUAGUCCAGAAGAGCAGAAAGAGAGAAAAAUAAUGAAGUUGCUUUUAAAAAUUAAGAAUGGAACACCUCCAAUGAGAAAAGCUGCAUUGCGCCAGAUUACUGAUAAAGCUCGAGAAUUUGGAGCUGGUCCUUUGUUUAACCAGAUUCUCCCUCUACUGAUGUCACCUACACUUGAGGAUCAAGAACGUCAUUUACUUGUGAAAGUUAUUGACAGAAUAUUAUACAAACUUGAUGACUUAGUUCGACCCUAUGUGCACAAGAUCCUUGUGGUCAUUGAACCAUUGUUGAUUGAUGAAGAUUACUAUGCUAGAGUGGAAGGCCGAGAGAUUAUUUCUAAUUUGGCAAAGGCUGCUGGUUUGGCUACUAUGAUCUCUACCAUGAGACCUGAUAUAGAUAACAUGGAUGAAUAUGUCCGUAACACAACAGCUAGAGCUUUUGCUGUUGUAGCCUCUGCCCUGGGCAUUCCUUCAUUGUUGCCCUUUUUAAAAGCUGUAUGCAAAAGCAAGAAGUCUUGGCAAGCGAGACACACUGGUAUUAAGAUUGUACAGCAGAUAGCUAUUCUUAUGGGCUGUGCCAUCUUGCCACAUCUCAGAAGUUUAGUUGAAAUCAUUGAACAUGGUCUUGUGGAUGAGCAACAGAAAGUUCGGACCAUUAGUGCUUUGGCCAUCGCUGCCUUGGCUGAAGCAGCAACUCCUUAUGGUAUUGAGUCUUUCGAUUCUGUGUUAAAGCCGUUAUGGAAGGGUAUCCGCCAACACAGAGGAAAGGGUCUGGCCGCUUUCUUAAAGGCUAUUGGGUAUCUUAUUCCUCUCAUGGAUGCAGAAUAUGCCAACUACUAUACUAGAGAAGUGAUGUUAAUCCUAAUUCGAGAAUUUCAGUCACCUGAUGAAGAAAUGAAGAAGAUUGUGCUGAAGGUGGUGAAGCAGUGUUGUGGAACAGAUGGUGUAGAAGCAAACUACAUUAAAACAGAGAUUCUUCCUCCUUUUUUUAAACACUUCUGGCAACACAGAAUGGCUUUGGACAGAAGAAAUUAUCGACAGUUAGUUGAUACUACUGUGGAGUUGGCAAACAAAGUAGGUGCAGCAGAAAUUAUAUCCAGGAUUGUGGAUGACUUGAAAGACGAAGCUGAACAGUACAGAAAAAUGGUGAUGGAGACAAUUGAGAAAAUUAUGGGCAACUUGGGAGCUGCAGAUAUUGAUCAUAAACUUGAAGAACAACUCAUUGAUGGUAUUCUUUAUGCUUUCCAAGAACAGACUACAGAGGACUCAGUGAUGUUGAAUGGCUUUGGCACAGUGGUCAAUGCUCUUGGCAAGCGAGUCAAACCUUAUUUGCCUCAGAUCUGUGGUACAGUUUUGUGGCGUUUAAAUAACAAAUCAGCCAAAGUUAGGCAACAGGCAGCUGACUUGAUCUCUCGAACUGCCGUUGUCAUGAAGACAUGUCAAGAGGAAAAAUUGAUGGGACACUUGGGUGUUGUUUUAUAUGAGUAUUUGGGAGAAGAGUAUCCUGAAGUAUUGGGCAGCAUUCUUGGAGCACUGAAGGCCAUUGUAAAUGUAAUAGGUAUGCAUAAGAUGACCCCACCAAUUAAAGAUCUCCUGCCCAGACUCACUCCCAUCUUAAAGAACAGGCAUGAAAAAGUGCAAGAGAAUUGUAUUGAUCUUGUUGGACGUAUUGCUGACAGGGGAGCUGAAUAUGUGUCUGCAAGAGAAUGGAUGAGGAUUUGCUUUGAGCUUUUAGAGCUCUUAAAAGCACACAAAAAAGCUAUUCGCAGAGCCACAGUCAACACAUUUGGUUAUAUUGCAAAGGCCAUUGGCCCUCAUGAUGUAUUGGCUACACUUUUAAACAACCUCAAAGUUCAGGAAAGGCAGAACAGAGUUUGUACCACUGUAGCAAUAGCUAUUGUUGCGGAAACAUGUUCACCCUUCACAGUACUACCUGCCUUAAUGAAUGAAUACAGAGUUCCUGAACUGAAUGUCCAAAAUGGAGUUUUAAAAUCACUUUCCUUCUUGUUUGAAUAUAUUGGUGAAAUGGGAAAGGACUACAUUUAUGCUGUAACACCAUUACUUGAAGAUGCUUUAAUGGAUAGGGACCUUGUACACAGGCAGACAGCUAGUGCAGUGGUGCAACAUAUGUCACUUGGGGUUUAUGGAUUUGGUUGUGAAGAUUCACUGAAUCACUUGUUGAACUAUGUAUGGCCCAAUGUGUUCGAGACAUCGCCCCAUGUUAUUCAGGCAGUUAUGGGAGCCUUGGAGGGCCUAAGAGUUGCUAUUGGACCAUGUAGAAUGUUGCAGUAUUGUUUACAGGGUUUGUUUCACCCAGCUCGGAAAGUCAGAGAUGUGUAUUGGAAAAUUUACAACUCCAUCUACAUUGGUUCACAGGAUGCUCUUAUAGCACAUUACCCAAGAAUCUACAAUGAUGAUAAGAAUACCUAUAUUCGUUAUGAACUUGACUAUAUCUUGUAACUUUGUUUAUUUUGUGUUUAAUGCACAGCUGUUUCACAACUUAAACUUGCUUCAAUUUGGUGAUGUAAACUUUUAAACAUUGCAGAUCAGCAUAGAACUGGUCAUAGAGGAAGAGCUAGAAAUCCAGUAGCAUGAUUUUUAAAUAACCCGUCUUUGUUUUUGAUGUUAAACAGUAAACGCCAGUAGUGACCAAGAUAUCACAGUGAUUACACAGACUAUACUGGAGGGAUUUCAUUUUUAAUUCAUCUUUAUGAAAGUUUAGAAUUCAUUCCUUGUGUUUAAAGGGAAUGUUUAAUUGAGAAAUAAACAUUUGUGUACAAAAUGCUAA